AUGCAGUCUAACCAACCAAAUUACGGCUACUCCAACUUUGAUCAGCUCCACGUGGAAAAGAAUGGCUUUGGUCAAGAGCGACAAAUUCAAUAUGGAUACCCAAGUUUCGAAAGUUCCGAUAACUACGACCAAGGCCAAAAUUUUACCCAAUUCAAGCAACGCAAUUGGUCCUUGGGGCCUGCAAGAUUCCUCCCAAUUGACUUGCUCAGGAUUCUCCGGUCACCCGUUGAAUGA